CGCAGCCCACGAGAACAAUUCCACGUGGCUUGAUCCAAUGAAAAUCGACGUUAGUGAGAGAUGACCGAACGAUCUCAACGAUAAAACCGAGUUUCAACGAAAACAACCGACUGAUCAUUCGGUCCCGAGUCGUGAUGCGAGGAUCCUUAAAAAUUUACUGGUAAUUAUUGAAAUUUUUUUUUUUUUAAUGAUUUCUCGUGAGAAGUGGGUGAAGAUCAUCGAAACUCAAGAGCCAGUUGACAAAACGUGUAUAAAGGACCUCGGGUUUAAAAAUAGUUGAGGAGAUACCCCGUAUUCUUUUUCAAGUUAUUUGUUGACUGAGAAAUUUAAGAAUUAAAGGAUAAUUGACAGAAUGGCAUCGAGGGGGAAUAUGGCACAAGCACUGGGCACAGAUGGCAGUGAUUUUACUCACAGAGAAAAAGUUGCAACACAAUAUCAAAUCAGUGCUCUCAAUAAGUCAAGACUGAAGUAUUGUAUAUUUUUUCACUACCUCCUAUUCUUCGUUAUGCUGACCAAAUUGUCGGCAGAUAUUUUAGAUCAUUUAGAUAUAUUUAUUUUGGAAAUUGAGGAGUUACAAAUUCCACAGCCAUUAUUGUGGGAAUACAUCUGGUGUUCGAGUUUGCUGGUAUCAUUUUUAGGACUAGCGGCAGUAAAGAAAAAUCAAAUCAAGACACUUCAGAAAUAUAUGAUUGGCAUCCUCCUACUUGGAUUUGGUCCACUGUUUUAUGCGUUUAUUUACUAUAUUUCUGAUGUUUGGAUUUAUUUGACUGUUGGGAAAACCGAGGAAAUACAGUUGUGGCAGGGGUAUCCUUAUGGAUUUUUAUGGUACGCCUUCAUUCUUCUGGCGACACAGGUUCAUUCGUGCUCUCUACUCUUUUCCUGGAAAUUGCUCGUAGCGUGGAAAUCUCGAGGCGCCAGAAAAUAUCAAUGAACCAUAUCAGAUUAAAAGAGAACUACGAAAAAUAAAAAACAAUGAUAAAUAAUGGAA